UCUGACACUUUGUACCGGCGGAGGCGGAUAUUUAACUUGGGACUGCGCUCCUCUCGCUGCAGACACACACUCCUCUCGCACACAGUGAAAAGCUCCGGCGCAAAGACUCCUGCAGAAACCCGGUAGGAGCUUCUGUAAGCGGCAGCAGAGAGCAGAGGCGCCAGGAGGAAGGGGGAGUGCAGGUCCCUCAGGAACCCGAAGCGCUCCAGAUUGUUGUGGAUUGUCUCAUCAUGAGUUGCAAUUGUUGCUUUUUCUCAGAGGAUUCAGCAAUGCUGCAUUCAGACAAACUCUGAACUCUCAUUUUCAAGAUUUUUUUUUUUGUUUGUUUCACCUGAAACCACAAAUAAUAAUAAUUAUAAUCUACAAGUUGGAACAUCCUCUGGAAAUAUGAAUGGAUCUUAUUUGUUGAGCUGAGCUUGCGGACAGCGAGUGCAGGGAGGAACCCCGCAAUCAAACACCGCAUGUUCGCGGGACUGCGCGCGCUGCUCCGGGACUAUUUGGCAAACAUCGGCGCGUCAGGCGACUUGAAGCGCGAGCCGUGCGUAAAAAUAACACCCAUCUCCAGCUGGUGACAGUCAAAAGUUGGAUUUUGCUCCUCAUUCAUUCCAUGUUGCUCUCCUCUCGGCCGCUGUCAUCGCCGUUGCUUCCAGUGGCCCCCACCCCCCCAAAAGGGUAACCAUGACAACCCGGAGAAACCCAAAGUGAAUCCAGGGAGCGGGGUGAGGCAGGAGCCAGUUUGAAUACUGAAGUUUUUGCGCUUUUUUGUGCAAAUCUGAGCUUCAUGUCAUCCAAACACAACCGCCUCUAGCUUUGGACUGAACUUAUGAAGCCUUGCCUUGCAGACAACUGAUUAAUUAUUGCCCCCCGCCCCACCCCUUCCCUUCCCCUUACCCAAAAUAGAGAAGAGCCGGCACCAAGGAGGGAAUAAUGGGCCUCUCACCGACGCUCCUGGUUUACGCUCUGGUGUGCGUUCACCUCGGAGUCUCCCAGCAUUUCUUCCGCCUCCGUCCGCUGCCCAGCGAGCACCUCCCCGUCCCCGACCUGAAGGAGGACCCGGACCCGGAGUACGACCCCCGGGAGCAGGACUUGGUCGAGAAGCCGCUGCGGAAGAAGCUGGGCAGCCACUUCGACCCCAACUUCAUGGCCAUCAGCGCGCCGCUGCCGGUCAACCUCACCUCCCCGGACGCCCAGUGGAAGCCGCCGGGCCACAUGCCCAACGAGAUUAAAAAGCUGGACCUCACGGAGACACCCUACGGGAAGCGGUUAAAAGUGGGCAAGAAAGCGCGGAGGAAAUUCCUGCAACUUCUGUGGACCUACACGUACUGCCCCGUGGUGUACACCUGGAAGGACCUGGGCGUGAGGUUCUGGCCGCGCUACAUCAAGGAGGGGAACUGCUCCUCCGAGCGAUCCUGCUCCUUCCCGGAGGGCAUGUCCUGCAAGCCCGUCAAGUCCAUCAGCAAGACGUUCCUGCGGUGGUACUGCCAGGGCUUUCUAAGACAGAAAUACUGUACGUGGAUACAGGUGCAAUACCCAAUCAUCUCAGAGUGCAAGUGUUCGUGCUGAGUUUACUCCAAGGAAGCGGACUGGAAAUACAGUUUCAAUUGCACUGUUAACUCUCUACAGAGGUGGGCACCAUAGCAGAUCUAUUUUUUUAUAUGGCAUUUAAGUGAAAUACCAACAAUGUACAUAUUUAAGGGAGAGAAAAAAAUGCAGCUAUUUUUUCUAACUGAACUUGGACCAUAUUCAAACAUUGUUUUGUUUUUGUUUUUUUCCUCCAGGAGCACUUCACGAGGAAGAGCUUUUUUAUAUAAAUCUAUUUUUAUGAGACAUUAAUGAAGGAAUUCAUAAUAUGCUACACUUCUCCAAGAGGUGACCUUUUUUUCCGUCAACUGAACAAUGAUGCUGUUUGUUAUUUCAUUGCAAUGCUGCCUAGAGUUUUUGUAAAAUAUUAAUAUCAAUAUUAAUUAAACUGUAAAAAAGUUGAGGUUAAAGAUAUAUAAAUAUAUAUAUAUAAAUAUAUAUAUAAAGGUGUGAACUCAGCUUUUCUUUUUUUUUGAAUACUUAGUAUUGUAGGAAUAAGCAAAUCUGUAUGUUUUAUUUAUUAUUUUAACGAUUUGUGAGUAUAGAGCAUAAGGAAAGAGAAUAGCAGAAUAUUACCAGAAGAAAAAUAUGGAAGAUGUCUACUUGAAUAUUUCUAAAAGUGACAAAAAAAAAGAAAUAAAGAAAAAAGUAAGGCAUAUCAGUGUAUAUGUUAUGGUUACACGUGUUAGCAAUAAAGUCUAUCUUUUCAACGUG